CCCGGCCAGAAGGUUCCCUUUGUCUUCAAAGUCGACAAUGAAUCAAAUGUUGAUUGUGGAAAUGUUCGGGUGAAACUCGUUCAAGAGAUAGUUUUUAGCAGCGACACUCCGGAACGCGAGACUAAGAAAAAAGCCAGAAAAGUUGCGGAAAAAAAUCUUGGUCCAGUAUUAAAGCUUAGUAGUAAGGAAUUUAAAAAUGUCCUCGAGCUGCCAUUAAUUCCACCCAGCUCAAUAAACUCCUGUCGAAUUAUUUCUAUUUCCUAUUCAUUUUGUGGCGUUGUACACACUCGAGGAUGUCACACAAAUUUAGAACUGACGGCACCCUUUACUGUUGGUAGCGUUCCAUUGCAUGAAAGUGCAACCAAUCCGGCAAAUAUUAUGAUAUAAUGCAACAACCAAUAGCAUCACAGCCGCCGGAUCAAGGGGACAGUGCUUCAGGGUAUACUACUGCAGGCAAGAGUUUUGCUUUUGAGCAAGCCUCCUUGCACUGAUGCACAUAUAUCAAUGUGUUUGUUUUGUAGUUCCAAAAUCCUAUGAAGAAGUGAUAGUAUCUCCCAAAUGAUCUUGAUCCACAUGCCAAAGUUGAAUUGCACAUUCCUAAAUAUCCAGUUUAUUAUAAUUUUGCGACAGCGGCUCCAGAAGAAGGAACCUCUAGUGAUGAUAUUGGUUGGAAUACAAUGUCUUCCGGGUGGAAAAGUUAAUUCGUGCCGAAGGAAAAUGAAACGAAUUUAAGGGGGCCAUCCCGUGUGUCGGAUCCACGGAAUCGAUUUUUUUUUGACAUCAAUUGUAUCUAGAUAUGGUGUAGAAUAUAUGGGU